AGCGGAAGAUGCCAGUCAAAGUUCUGCUUCCCAUGUGAACGGUGGUGUUUUCCAUAUCCGCGUUUCGAUCGUCUGCACCCAUUUCCUUCGCUACGCAGAAGAUUUUUUACCAAGAAAAGAAAAAAGUUAGCAGGCUCAGCAUUUUUUCACUGGCUCCAAGGAAUUACUUAAAUCUUGGGAAGCAUUUUUUUGCUUGCAUCCCACAACGACCGCCCCGAAAAUCAGUUGCUGGGCAACCUUUCCUCUACGCCGGAAAAAGGGAGGAAAAGCAGGGAGGACCCACUGAACCUUACACGCAACAGCGUCUGUAGGAUGAGCAAUGCGGGAAUCGACGGCGGCGGAGGAGGAGGAGGAGGAGCAGCAUCAGGAUCGGGUUCCGCUUCCGGAUCAGGAGUGCCGCCCACAACGCCACCACCCACUGGCCAUGGAUCCACUCGCCGCCUGAGCCACUUGACCGGUGGCAGCCGUUCGGGAGGAGCCGCCGCCAUGGGCAAUGUGGUGGGCUGGCUGAAGCAGGCCUCCAUUGAAGUGCGAGACGCCGGCACAAGAACGCUGUCCAUGCUGCAGAGCAGCAAUCCAAACUUCCGAUCCCUGGACCUUUCACUGGGCACGCCCACACCCACCACGCCCACCUCCAGCGAAGUGCCAGCUGCUCCGGCCAGUGCCACCGCCUCGCUGAGUGGUUCCACGCUGCAAUUUGGACCAGAGGAUCCCGAGGAAGUAUUCGCCACCGCCGCCGCCGGAGGAAGUCAAUCGCUGACGCCGCUGGAUGCCAGGGAAGUCCUGACCAGACCCACACGAGCCUACGCCUCCGUCAGCCAGCCCCAGAGUCCCAGGCAUCGAGGUUCGGGCUCGGGUUCCGUUUCCGGAUCGAGAGUAAUAACACAAGGCCUCACCGGGCGCUCCACAUCGAUAUCCUCGCAGCUGGAGAAGACCAAGAAGCUGCUCAAGAUGACCGAGGGCGAGGACAAGCCGCUGACCAUUCUGCACUACAACGAUGUCUACAAUAUUGAGUCCAUGGCGGAGACGGAACCAGUGGGCGGUGCAGCUCGUUUCGCCACGGCCAUCAAGAGCUUUGCCCAUCUGAAUCCCCUGGUGCUCUUCAGCGGCGAUGCCUUCUCGCCCAGCAUGCUGAGCACCUUUACCCAGGGCGAACAGAUGAUUCCUGUUCUCAAUUCGGUGGGAACUCACUGUGCCGUCUUUGGAAAUCACGAUUUUGAUCACGGCUUGGACGUACUGGUGAAGCUGAUAAAGCAGACGGACUUCCCCUGGCUCAUGUCCAACGUGGUGGACAACGAGACCGGUCGUCCCCUGGGCGGCGGCAAGAUCUCGCACUUCAUACUGCACAACCAGAUAUCCAUCGGACUGAUUGGCCUGGUGGAGCGGGAGUGGCUGGAGACCCUGCCCACCAUCGAUCCCAACGAGGUGACCUACAUCGACUACGUGGAGGCGGGAAACAAGCUGGCCCGCGAGCUAAGGAACGAGGGCUGUGACCUCAUCAUCGCCCUCACCCACAUGCGCACCCCCAACGACAUCAAUCUGGCCGAGAAGUGCAAUGGCAUCGACAUCAUCCUCGGAGGCCAUGACCACGUGCGCGAGGUGACCGAGAUCAAUGGCAAGAUGAUCGUCAAGUCGGGCACGGACUUCCAGCAGUUCUCGGUGAUCACCAUCGAACGGGAUGCCGCCAACCGGGAGCACUUCACCACGGACGUCAAGUGCUUCGAUGUGACGGCCAAGAUUCCAGAGGAUCCGGAACUGAAGCAGGAGCUCUCCAAGUAUGCCAAGUUCAUCGAGAGCAAGCUGUCGGAUGUGAUGGGCGUGUUCAGCGUGGAGUUGGAUGGCCGUUUCUCGCGAGUGCGGACCCAGGAGACGAAUCUGGGAAACUGGGUGUGCGAUGUGGUGCUGGCCGCCGUCGGUGCCGAUGUGGUCAUCCUGAAUGGAGGCACUUUCCGCUCGGAUCGCGUGCAUCCGGUGGGUGCCUUCACCAUGGGCGAUCUGGUCAAUGUCAUACCCAUGCGGGAUCCUCUGAUCCUGCUCGAGGUCAAGGGUGAGGUUCUGUGGAAGGCCCUGGAGAACGGUGUGUCAGCGUAUCCAAAGCUGGAGGGCCGAUUUCCGCAAGUGUCGGGCAUCAGCUUCGCCUUCAAUCCACAGGCAGCGCCCGGCAAACGCAUCGAUCCGCAGUUAAUCCAGGUGGGCGAUGAGUACCUUAACCUGGAACAGACCUACAAGCUGUGCGUCAAGAGCUACAUCUUCAUGGGCUGCGAUGGCUAUACAAUGUUCAAGGAUGCCACUGUGCUGAUGGAUGAUGACGCCUGUCCAGAGUUGGGAAUCACGCUGCAGAACCACUUCAAGGCCAUAAAUUCGCGGAAGUGUGGCCAGAACACAAAGCACAGACAGUCGCUGGUCACACUUUCCCGCAGGCACAGCUUGGUCCAGUGCCUGGAUAGCAUGGAUCUGGAUGGACCAUCCCCCAUCCGCAAGCUGUCCGUGGGUCAUCACAACAAGUCGAUGGACUUGACGCAUGGCAAUUCCCAGAAGAUGCUGCGACGGGCCUCCUUGGAUGACCUGGAGCAGUCCACCUGCGAUUUGGCGCCACAAUUGGAGCACCGUAUCGUCAUGAUACAAAACGAAGAGCAUUAUCGACAGCUGCUGUUCAAAAAGGAGACGCACAUCAUGAAUUCCACCAUCACCGAGGCUGAGGACGAUUACAAAAAAGUUAGACAACUUGAUUUAAGGGCAGGCUCCGAUGUGGAGAGAAACAUUUGAAUAGGGUUUAGGCACAAAGCAAAGCGAAGAUAUACCCUUUAGGUAGCUAGUUAGUCGACAGAUCUGCGGGAUCGAGUCCUGUAUCUGUUACCGUUUGUUGUCAUUUUCCCGGCUAAGUUUCGUUCUGAACGUUUGUAAGACUUUCCCCCCGAGAUGUGUGAACAUGAACUUGAUAUUUGAUAUUGUAUAUGAUGUAUGUGUAUGUAGUGAGUACGUGUACCUAAAGCUUACCGCUAGUUUAAUUUACCUUUAGUUAGAUAAACUGAUUUACACAACCAACUGAUUAUUAUAUGGUAAUUACCGAGCAGCCCCUAUGUUUUGUGAUCUAGAUAAAGCAGAAAAAAAAAACAGAGUUUGAGCCGAGCUUUGAGAUUCUCCCCUAGAUAUUCCAAAUAGUUGAUUUAUAGAUCCAGAGUCCACCAACGCAAUCAAACACUAUAGGUUGUAUGCAAAAUGAGAUAAAACACUGGACGACGACAACAAGGAGGACUAGCAAACGCAAGAGCCAAGCCAAGAUGUAAAGUGAAUGUAAAGCAAUAUUUUAGACAAUGCACCUACAUGGCAUACGUAUAUUUUUAUGGACACUUUUGGAGCGCUUGAACACAGAGCAGAGCAGCAUAUAUUAUUUUUUAGAGAACGUGCUAAACACAUGGAUAAAUGCUUUAAACUCAAACAGUUCCUUGAACUUUUGCACACCACCAGAAAGAAAUGCCAGAGUGUUUAUUUGUCCAUAGGAAUGGCAAUCUGAUUGCGAACAACUGACGACCGGCCGGAAAUCAGAGACAAAAGCUUAGUAACAAAAGGCAAACAAAGCUACCCACGCAAUUACACAAAGUUAAACAAUAAGUAGAGGAAGCCACAUACAUAUAUGUACUCCGUGCUUAACUGAUUGUCCAUGCUUAGAACGUACAGUUAACUAAAGUGAACAAUAUACAGGCCCAAAAUGCACCUGAUUAUUAAAAUUAUAGAGGACCCAUAAAUAGUAUAUAUAUAUAGAUAUCGUACGUCUUUCAACACCUUCGAAUACCUUCUUCAACACUUUCAAACUAUUUUGCAAUGGGUUAGUCAGCCCGUAGAAGAACGCAUUUUGUGUAUAUUGAACAAAGUACAUUGAUUUAUGUAAACAUUUAUUAAAUACAUAAACUAUAUGUAAAUGGG